CUCGCAGGUCAAAGGUGCCGCAUCCAUAGCCGGCGAUGUAGCGGCGUCUGGUUCGCAUGCGCAAGUCUCACCACAAGAGCCAGCAACCACCGACCCCGGGGUACCUAUAGAGGCAGAACACCUUCCCCCAGGCGACGAGAAGGAUUUCCGCCGGAUACUCGUGGAUACCAUCGAUACAAUGGUGGCAGAGACCGCAAGUGUCAGGGGCGCCCCUGCGGCCAACCCAAACACUGCUGGGCCUCUCGCAGAAGGUGUACCCACAGCUCCCAGCAGCUCGUCGCACAUCACGGCCGCGACUAUGAUUGAUCCGCAGACGCUAUCGUACACAUACACCACUCACCUGGUGACUAGUUCGCUGGUGGAACUGCAGGCUGCCCCUGAGGCAGCAGAGGCAAGUGAGUCUGUCGGAAAACACCCACACACUCAGACCCCUUCGCCUGCAAAUUCCAGUGUGAUCUGGCACACACCGGCGGGUGUGUCGGAUGAGCGGCCGUUGGUGAAGACAGCGACAGAGACGUUGAACGGGGCUGUGGAGGUGGGCGAAGCAGAGGCAUUGACUCGCGCCCAGGGCAACCCGUCUGAUGGGGAGUACGUUACUGGCGCGGGUAUAGGCACAUGCAAAGACGUAUCACACGAGGCAAAGCAUGACGUUGGAGCGGUACAGAGCGACACAGCAGUGCUCUCAGGACGAGCGGAGGGGCAGGAGUCUGCGCUACACGGUGCGACAGUAGACUUGCGGGUGCACACGGAUGUGACGCAGGUGGUGGAUGGGAGUACCCCUGGGCAAAUGAAGCAGGUGAUGGACGCGAGCACGCCUGGGCACAUGGUGGACUCAGAGGGCUCUGUGGACAGUACAACGCCACACACAACGCCUGCGACAGACGACACGGGAGUGGAUGUGGUAAUGCCAGAUAGAGGGAUGGAGCGGCGUGUAGGCCUGGGCCAUAUGGCAAGUGCUGAGGGUGUGGAGAGGGGCCAAGCGGAAAGACAGGGGGUGCUACGCACAGGAGUACCGACUGAUUCGAUUAGCAGCGGUGACGAAGAGGGGGACUGUGGGGGGGCGAAGACGACGCCUGUAGACGAGACUCGGCCAGACACAGACAACACGUCUGUGAGGGAUAGGUCACGAGAUGGUCCUGAUAUGCCACCCAGAUGGGACACACAGGAGGAUGUACAUAUUUCAAACAUAGGGGAUACACGGGACAUGGUACCUAGUACAAGCAUAAGCAACGCACAGAACGUUCCACAUAGUGAAAGCAUAGGGGGUGAGAUUGGUAUGAGCCAUACGGAACCUACAACGAAUAGCAACGCCGACGAGACUAGAGAGGAUCUCGGCACUGGUGAAGAAGCACAGCCCACCACUACCACUACCACUACCACCACCCCGCUACUAGACAGCGCACAUGGGUAUGGACACGGGAGUGUGGCUGUGGAUGAAAGCCUGCUGUCACCACUAACAAACAGCACAUAUAACCACAAACACGAACAGAAAAGUGUGGCCGCAAAUGGGGAACCGCAAGCACAUGGCUCACAGAUACCGCAAACAAGCAACAAACACGUACAUGAUCAACGCAAACAACACGAACAGACAAGUGUGGCCGCAGACGGUGCUUCACAGUCGCAAGCACAGACUGAGCAAAAGAACACAGGAAGAAGAAGAAGAAGAUACAGAACAUCUAUGGUGGACCGGUAUGGAGUUGUUAGCGGCGCUGCGCGUGUACGCAGAGAUACAGUCCGUGAGACAGACCACAACACCGUGGCUAAUCGGGUGCUCUCGGCCAAUCAGAUCCUUCUGAGCUACAAGGGGGUCAGCGACCGAUACGUCGCGUUCAACUCCAACAAACUGCCCGCGUAUCCGUGGAACCAGCACAACUUCGCAACGGCCAUAGCAACCGCACACCACAUCUCUGGUGUGGAGGCGCUGCUCAAUGCCAACUGGAGAUAUCUGACAUCGUCAAACGCAUUAGAUGUGUUGACCCACGUGGCCUCUGCACGAGGACUAACCGACACACUCGAUGGAAAGGAAACUGUACGCGCCCGUUCCGUGAUGACAAAACAGGGAAUCAACCAACAGUUCGGUAUCGACCAUUUCGAUGCGCUGCCGUUGCGCCCGCAAGAGUUCGACAUUUAUCUCUCGCGGGUGACGAGUGGCAUCGGAUUCAAAGAGUUGCUGCAGGUGGUAUUCAAUGCAUCCUCAACCAUGGCGACUGAUACUCUAGCAAGGGCUUUCACACUCGUGGCGCGGUUUGGGUACAUUGGGACGGGCAAACACAACAGUUUAGACAAUGCACUACACGAAGCGACUAUGCGCAUACACUUUGAUGGGGACGUUCUCCUUCACCACGCGGCUGAGAUCAUUCACGCGUCGCACUACAUCUUUGGCCGUGCCCACUGCGCACCCCUUCGCGCCAUAGCACACCACCAAUACGAUCUCGACAGCCCCUCUGCUUUGUUUGACCAGAACCUGUCAACCCUGACUCGACUAGUGAAUGUUUACGGGGGUCCUGAGUUCACCAGCCAUCCGACCAAGCGCACAGUAAACGCAUCUCCUAUGCGGCUCAUAGCCAGGCGGCGGCUCAGGCGGAGGCGCGAGCAAGCAGAGGGGGACUGGGCGGAGAGUGUAGGCAAUUGGGAUGAACAGAACCAGGGACAGAUCAGUGAGCUGCCACAUGCAGAUGUGGAGUGGGAGGAGUAUACGGAUACCAAGGGCCAGAGGGGCAGGAGGAAACGGUCCCAGGAAGCGGCAGGAAAGGACCAGGUGGGAGGGGACAGGGUGGUACUUUCGGACAGUUCAGCGCACGGGGAUACUGCGAACGAACCGCAACGUGUGAGUGAUUGGGCGCUGUACAUGGAAGCGGCGGAGAACGAAAAGACUCGAAGUAGUCGCGUGAAGCCAGUGAAGCAUCCAUUGAAGAUGUACGAUCCCGACAGAUACGAGAAUUGCGGAAGGGUCAGGCGACUGCCCAUCACCCAUAGCAAGCCCAGGCACCGGUGUCCCAAACGGGACAGGUACGGCCCAGUGCACGGUGCACCGGGUGCAGAGGUAGGGGCAGUGGGUGGUAUAGACACGCACUUGCAGCACGAGAACGGGGAUAGCCCGUCGGAGGGGACUGGUCUGGCCCGCGAUGACACGCACACGCGUAUAAGCCAAGGCACAAGCAGCGCCAUGCGCAGAGAUAGGCUGGCGAGACGGACGGGCUCGUGUGAGUGUGGCUACGACUAUGACUACGACUAUGUGCAACCGACAAACCUGCUGCGCACGCGGCAGGCGCUAACGUGGGCCGUGCAUGAGAGUCUCGUGGGUCUAAUUGACAGACUGGAGACAAGCGAACCUACACCCAGCGAUGAGUGGGAGGUCCUGGAUGCGUUGCACAGUGUGUCGCAUGUAUUAGAGAGCUUGCCGUUCUACCAGGGAAAUGACAAGUACUUUGCGCGAGCGGCGCUGCAUCACUGUGCGAAUCUCAUGACACUCGCGUCGCCUGGUUCUCUGGAGCUGUUUCUGCGGGAUGAGGCUGAUUUGAUUAUAGCUAGGUUUUGCGGUAUGCUAGACACCGUUGGGCCUAAUGAUAAUGUGGAAGAGAUGGUUGCAACCAUGAAGACUCUGAUUCGAAAUCUAGACCGAGCCUUGCCCAGCAGUGAACACUAUCUGAAGGUGAACCGAUUACGGUCCAUUGAGUCUACACUCGAUUCAACAAUGACCCGACAUAUGCAGCUCGAUAUUGACACAGACAACAGUGGCACACUAGAGCUGUUAUUAGAAAUGGAAUACUGUUCAGAAAAAGUUAGACAUGCGCUUAGUGCCCAACUCAUGCAGGAGAACUUCUGGGAACUUUAAUGUCGACAACACGAUAUUGAGAAUUGCAAAUGCGUGCUAGAAAAUCUGUACUUGCGGUCGAAUGAAUAGUGCAAAGUCGUCUGAAAUGGAGCUCAAUUGAUUCGUGGCGAAGAUGUCGUUUAGAAUUAGGGCGAUCCGUUUUGAUAUGGACCAUUGUCUAAAUAAGUCCAAAGAGAUUUAAUAUGGUAUCAGCACGAUGGUAUCAUCAGUGUGUAGUUUUAAAUAUAGCAUACCGGAUACGUCCGCAGACCGGCGUCGGGCACCGACGGAGAUGAGAGCUGAAAUGUACUAGCGGCAGUGCACUUGUGAUUUUCCAACCGUCGAGUCAUAGUCACAUUUCUAUGGAUUGAUUUAUUGGAAACGUCAAUGCGUACCGAAGAACAAAAUAAAGAAUAAUAUGCACA